AUGUUCUGUCAGUUUCCUGCUUCGAUAGAAAAGAAGAAAAGAAAGAGUAGUUUGGUAAAGAAGCGUACCAUCGUAUUUGUUUCGAACACAGAAUUCAAGACCACACUUCUGAAUCAGAUCACAGCUCAUAUUGAUAUAGAAAAGUAUAAAGCGAUGCUAGAAAUAAUUUCUGGAAUCGACCUCACAGUUUUUGGUGCAAGAUAUCAUGAAGUCUGUCGACUGCCAUUCUAUCGAUUGUCUGAAAAAGUUUCUGGUAAGGCUAAACCGAAGGGACGGCCCAAGGACAGCACAGAUUGGGAGAAUUGUUGCUUAUAUUAUGGAAACUGGGAUGUUCCGGUAAUCCAGAUGCCAAACGACUAUACGAUGAUUUAUUAUCAAACUACAACAAACUGGUUCGACCCGUCAUCAAUGUCACCGAUGCGCUCACAGUCAAAAUUAAGCUCAAACUAUCGCAACUUAUCGAUGUUACAUCUGUUGCAACAUUUGGACGGGAAAACCACUGGUCCAAAAGGAUUUCAUGGUAAGAUAGGAAAGCAAUUAGAAAAAUGUGAAACUUUACAACCUUUAAAUUUUAAAAGAAUAGAAGUUAUUUUGCCUGAAAUUAAUGUUGAUGAACUUAGCACCGACCAAAAAUAUCUAUAUGAAAUUUGUUGUGCCAUUUCUAAAGGUUACAUUUCUUUGAAUUUGUCAAAACAAAGCCCUGGUAAAAUGGCUUAUUCUAGAUGGCUUACAACCGCAAACAGAAUUUUACGAUUGUAUGUAUCCACAGAAAAACCAUCACAAAACCUAAGUAUUAUAACAGAAUACGUCAUCAAAGUUUAUGCCCCUACAUGGUUUGCAAUCAAAAUCUAA